GUUCAACUCCCCGUCUCUCUGUCACCUAGCACUGGGACUUCAUCCACUAUUUUCUGUGAAGCUGUCUAGACCGUGAAUUCAAGCUGGGAACACCAAAGUUUCUCUUACUAUACACUUCCCGCGUCGUUUGUGUUUUUCUGCGACAGUGCUUUGGAUAGUGUCGGUGAUCUCAAUGCGUGCCGUUAUACAGCGAGUUAAGGAGGCAUCUGUAACAGUUGAUGGAUCCGUCGUCAGCGAAAUCGGUCGUGGAAUUUUGGUGUUGAUUGGAAUUUCUGCGAAGGAUUCAAAGACGGACACAGCAUACAUUGUCAGAAAAUUGCUGAAUCUUCGAAUAUUUCCUAACGAAGAUGGUUCUCGACGUUGGGAUAAAAGUGUGAGGGAUUUGAAUCUGGAACUCCUUUGUGUUAGUCAGUUUACACUUUAUACCGAAUUGAAAGGGAACAAACUGGAUUUCCACCGUGCGAUGGACCCCAGUCUGUCACAACUAGUCUAUUCGGAGUUAAUUGCCCAACUACGGGAAGCCUACCAAGAGGAUCGGGUCAAAGAUGGCGUGUUUGGUGCUCUAAUGGACGUGCAAUUGGUCAAUGAUGGUCCUGUAACAAUCUGUUUGGAUUCGAACACGGUCAAAUCCGACAAGGAUGCUUCGGAUCUCUGAGCGCCGCUCAUGAGAUCGUAAUCCUCUCUAUGGUUUCUGGAGUCCAUGGUUGUUGUCUCCCUGAUCCAACGUUGAUUGGUUCACCAAUAUUUUGUACACAAGCGUUGGUACGUAGUUGUCGAAUGCACCGGUGAACUCGCUUGUAUUACGUUCUUUGAGGCAGUAUCCUCCCAGGGUCAUAGUUUUGCAGUUGUUCCAACUUGUUUUGCAACUUCGUCUGGUGUGUGUUUACUGAAUUCCCAAAUCUUUGAAGUGGGUUGCGGUCGAAUUCUGUGACCAACUGAAGUGUCACUGCGCUGCAGUUGAUUUUUGGCUUGUUUUUUCUUGCUUUUUU